AUGCAUAUUUCCAUUCCAGAUGAAUCGCUUGGUAGUGAUUUCCGCUCGUCGCAUGGCGUCGGCCGCCCCGAAACCUCCACCGGAAUUGAGCACGCCGAGAAGGCGAGACAAGUCGCUGGCGGAAAACCGGACUGGUCUCUUUACAAAUGCGACGAUUAUCUGAAAUUCGAUAAAUAUUCGUACGCUCAUGCUGAAAUCACAAUGAACAAAUCACGUGUCCCACAGCCAACCAAUCGAAAAGCCGACGUUUUGCCAAAAGUUCGUGCUUAA